AUGUGCGCCGUGCAAGCCUUCAGCUGGUGCCAAGACAUUCGUAAAAUUGAAGCCAAGAAUCCGCCAAAUCCGUGCUUUCGCUACCUGAGGGGAAAGCCGCUGAUCGAGCCCAGCGUGCCCGCGGCCGCCUCCCGCGCAGCACCGCCGCUGCGGAAUCGGAUCGAUCCCAUGGAGGAGGAGGGCGCAGUCGGCCAGCGCAGCAGGCGGAGUCCCUCCCCGCGCCAGAGCCCCCCUGCAGUCGAGGGAGUCCUCGUUGGCGAUGAAGGUGGCGACAUCGAAUCGCGGCCGACACACAAAGCCGCGCUCCAGGAGCACGCCAAGAUGCAAUGGCUCGCUUGCUUCGAUUCAGCUCUCUCGGCAGCAGAAGUGGGGCUGGAGCGGGUGGGGGUGGAUGCCGAUUGA